UCUUUCUGCAUCCCAUUCUCAUCCAAAAGCACAAAAAAUGGAGACCCAAAUAAUGUUUUCAAUCUUCUCUCUCACCCUCUUCUUCUCCUCUCUUCUACAUCCUUCUCUCUCCGAGCUCUGCAACCCAAAUGACAAAAAAGCCCUCCUCCAAAUCAAGCAAGCCUUCAACGACCCUUACGUCCUCACCUCUUGGAAACCAGACACCGAUUGCUGUACGGACUGGUACUGCGUCACCUGCGACGACAAGACGCACCGUAUCAACUCCCUAACCGUCGUGACCGGCGAUCUCUCCGGCCACAUUCCGCCGCAAGUCGGCGACCUUCCUUACCUCGAAACAUUAAUGCUCCACAAGCAGCCCAAUCUCACGGGACCGAUCCAACAAUCCAUCACCAAUCUCAAGAAUCUCAAGUACCUGAGACUAACUUGGAACAACCUGUCGGGACCGGUCCCGCAAUUUCUCAGCAAGCUGAGGAACCUCGAUUUGCUCGAGCUCUCCUUCAACAACCUGACGGGAUCGAUCCCGGCCUCGCUCUCGAAGCUUCCGGUCCUCGGCUCGCUCCGUCUGGACCGGAACAAACUCACGGGGCCGAUCCCGGACUCGUUCGGAGAAUUCCGAGGUGAGGAUUUUUACCUAGUACUGUCUCACAACCAGCUCUCGGGGAAAAUACCGGCAUCUUUGGGGAAGAAGGACUUCAGCUACGUCGACCUGUCGCGGAACAAGAUCGAAGGCGGCGCGGCGGCGUUGUUCGGGCUUAACAAGACGACGCAGCUCGUGGACCUGUCGAGGAACGUGUUGGAGUUCGACAUAUCCAAGGUUGAGUUUCCGAAGAGCUUAGUUUCGUUGGAUCUGAACCAUAAUAGGAUAACGGGGAGCCUUCCGGUGGGGCUAACCGCACUGGAUAAUUUAAGCGGUUUCAACGUGAGUUACAACAGGUUGUGUGGUAAGAUUCCGGUGGGUGGGAAUUUGCAGAGCUUUGAUUACACGGCGUAUUUCCAUAACCGGUGCUUGUGUGGAGCUCCGUUAGAGAGCUGCAAAUAGUAUAAGGAUAUAUAUAUAUAUAUAUAUGUAUGUAUUCACUAUUUUUUGCUUUUUGCGUUGUAUUAAUAAAUGGGUCUCCACACGAGUUGAGAUA